GAUGAUGGACCUUCCACCACCACCACCACCACUACCACCAACCAAUUUAGGAAGAGAAGCACCAUUUCUAUUGCCAAUUGCCAUCUUCUUCCCUCUAUAUUCCUUCCUUUUUUUCUUUUUUUUUCUCCUUUUCUUCAUAUCCCACACAGGCUGGUAACUAACUCAUUGAAGCAGGCUGCAUUUACAGAGAAAAAAACAAAACCAACCUUGUGUCUGCCACUUGCACUGCUAUCUCACUUUGAUCCCUUUCUGCAAUUGCCCGCCUUUUUUCUGCAGUCAAUCGUUUACCCUUCUUGUUCAAACACGAGGAAAGGUGCUCCUUUUACCCCGUUCCUGCUUUCAUUUUCACCCGUUAACAGAGACCGCUUGGUUCCACAAGCUUCCUGCAGAAUCCUUUCAAACAAGUCAGGGUUCUGUGAGAGAAGAAAAGGAAGAGUGCACAAAGGAGAAAGGAAAAGCUGAGUACUUUUACCCUUUUCAAUACCCACCACUCACAGGCUUCUUACUUGUACCCCUCUCUAUAUAAAUACAUAUAUGCAUAACACACGGAUAUCCUAGGGACUCACCACCCAACAUAGCAUUGUAACAGCGCCCUUUCGCUUGGAAUUCAAAGCACCCAACAUGAUGUUAUUUUCUAGCGCCAGAAACUUCCUACAACGGUUCUGUACUGAAGAUGUUCACUCACGACGCAUCCCGAAUCAUGGCAGCUUCUUUUCCAAUGAUCUCUUGCCAUCGCUUGGAGCCAGAAUAAACCAGACAACUAAACUCAGAAGACAUAUCAUUUCACCUUAUGAUCCUCGGUAUAGGGCUUGGCAGAUGUGGCUCGUUGUUCUGGUCAUCUACUCUGCCUGGAUCUCUCCAUUCCAGUUUGCAUUUCUAACUUACAAGAAAGACACCCUUUUUGUUAUCGACAACAUUGUCAAUGGUUUCUUUGCCAUUGACUUGGUCCUCACCUUCUUCGUUGCCUAUCUGGAUAGCCAAUCUUGCCUUCUCGUCGAUGACCCUAAGAAAAUAGCAAUAAGGUACAUAUGUACCUGGUUUGUCUUCGACGUCUCUUCCACUGCACCAUUUCAGCCUGUGAGCCUCCUAUUUAGAGAACAAAGCAGUGAACUCGGAUUCAAAUUACUCAACAUGCUACGUCUCUGGCGUCUCAGGAGAGUCAGCUCCCUGUUCGCAAGACUUGAGAAAGACAUCAGAUUCAAUUAUUUCUGGACUCGAUGUUUGAAGCUUGUUUCUGUAACCCUAUUCGCGGUACAUUGUGCUGGAUGUUUCAACUAUCUCAUUGCAGACAGAUACCCUGACCCCACAAGAACCUGGAUCGGUGCAGUAAACCCUAAUUUCAAAGAAGACUCUCUGUGGAACAGAUAUGUCACUUCAAUGUAUUGGUCUAUCACUACGUUAACUACAACUGGUUAUGGAGACUUGCAUGCUGAGAAUCCAAGAGAGAUGCUUUUCGAUAUAUUCUACAUGUUAUUCAACUUGGGACUAACGUCUUACCUAAUUGGGAACAUGACAAACCUCGUCGUGCAUUGGACCAGCCGGACACGGAAUUUCAGGGACAUGGUCAGAGCUGCUUCAGAAUUCGCCACUAGGAAUCAGUUGCCACCCCGCAUCCAGGACCAAAUGCUGUCACACAUAUCUCUGAAAUUCAAAACAGAAGGAUUGAAGCAACAAGAGACCGUGAAUGGCCUUCCAAAGGCCAUUCGCUCAAGCAUUGCACAUUAUCUCUUCUAUCCCAUUGUUGAAAACGUCUAUCUGUUCCAAGGGGUUUCACAUGACUUUCUUUUCCAGCUGGUCUCAGAAAUGGAGGCUGAGUAUUUUCCACCAAGGGAAGAUGUCAUACUUCAGAAUGAAUCUCCAACAGACCUCUACGUACUGGUGUCGGGAACAGUGAAUUUUUUAACCUCAGUUGACGGACAUGAUCGAGUUGUUGGCAAAGCUACUGCAGUAGAUAUGUUUGGGGAGAUGGGAGUUUUAUGUAACAAGCCUCAACCUUUCACUGUCAAGACUACUGAGCUUUCUCAAAUAUUACGACUCAGCAGAACUUCUCUAAUAAACACCCUACAGACAAACGUGGACGACGGGCAUAAAAUCAUGCAUAACCUUUUCAUGAAACUGCAAGGGCAAGAGAGCAUACCCUCUGAAAGCAAUGGAGGAAUGAGCCCUAGAUGCUGUCCAAUGGAAGGAAGUCAAGGCUAUUCACAUGGGGAUAAAUCAGUUUCUCAAAGAGGGGAAGAUUCACUGACAACAGAUUUUAAAGAGAAGAAUGAAGUAGGAGAAGGCCAUAAUUUUACGAGAGAGACUGCAGAUUUAAUGAAUGGCCAAACAACUCUGCAUGCUGCAGUAUCCAAGGGGUAUAUAGAAAUGACAAAGGUUCUGCUUGAAGGAGGGUCAAACACGAACAAACCAGAUGAUAGAGGGUGGACUCCCAAGACAAUUGCGACAGAGCGAGGAGACAAAAGCAUAUAUGACCUCUUAGUAAGCUACGAAAGUAAAACCCAAAGGACAGGUUUCAUUGACCAGGAAACUGCAUGGCUCAAUUCAGCAAAGGGAAUCACAAAAGUCACUUCAAGUGAUUUUGACGACAGGGAAGCAAAAAGCUUGAGCACGAAGAGAGUAACCAUCCAUAUGAAAUACCAAGUUGAAAGAACAUCAAGCCAAUGGGGGAAAUUGAUUAUCCUACCUGAGUCCAUGGAAGAGCUGCUCAGGAUUGCUGGUGAGAAAUUUGGAGGCAACACAUUUGCAAAAGUCAUCAAUGCUGAAAAUGCAGAAAUUGAUGAUAUAUGUGUCAUUCGAGAUGGAGACCAUCUAUUUUUCCUUCAAAACGACAUAGAAAGUAUGUAAGCCAACAACGCCCACAACAAUCAGAAGGCAGUGAUCUAGAAGCUAGAAAGAGCUGUGUAUAUUCCGCAAUCUGUAUUAGAAAUAUAACGAGAAUAGAGUACAUAAAUUGAUGAAAAUGAGCAUCUGAAUCUGGCCACUGAUGCUUACUUUAAGAAGUCUACCAUAAUAGUAACACUUUCACUAGCUACUUUAACGAGAGAGAAAAGAAAGAAAAAGUUAAGGUCACAAUCCUGUGGCUAUAUGAACAGAGUUGGAGACAAUUUCUUCUUCUGUAUCUGAUUGAGCGUACACGAAUGGAGGUGAUUCAGAUCGCAGAAAAGAAUCACGGCAUUGAGUUGGCCUAGGAACCUCACGAGCAGCGAAGCAUGUGAAUGAUUCGCCAUAAAGAUCAAAAGGGUGA